AUGCAUCUUCGCGAUGGCAUGUGGCUGCCAGCCCAGGACUUCCGCACCGAGUAUGCCGAAGAUGUCUAUGAAAUCACCCCAAACGAAGGCCAGCAGGCACUCAAUCUGCUAUGCCCGGUCAAGCACAUCCGCUCGCGCGGCGAUACCCUCAACCAACCUACCCUGAGUAUCGACAUAAAGGCAGAGAUGGACGGCGUCAUCUCCAUCGAGAGCACACACUGGGAGGGCGCCCGGAGAACAGGUCCUAAUUUCGAUCUCUUCCCCGCCGGCCAGCCAAAGGUCCAGGGCAAGAUCCUCAAGGGCGACAAGGGCACCACUCUUCAGUCUGGCGCCCUGUCAGCUACCAUCCAUCCUGAUCAGCACAACUUCGAUAUCAAGUUCCACAGCUCAGAUGGGAAGAAGCACCUCACGAACCUCGGCAACAGGAGCACGGGUUUUGCCUACUCGCCUGGCCCCGGCACACCCCUGCAGACCGGGGACAUGCGCGACUUCAAGCACUACAUGUUCAUGCAGACGACUCUAUCCGUCGGCGAGUCUGUCCACGGCCUGGGCGAGCGCUUUGGUGCGUGGAAUAAAGUUGGCCAGAAUGUUGUUCUGUGGAACGCAGACGGUGGCACCUCAAGCGACCAGGCUUACAAGAAUGUUUCGUUCUGGAUGAGUAACCGUGGCUAUGGUGUCUUUAUCGACAAUCCUGGCAAAGUCGAUCUCGAGAUCGGCAGUGAGCGAUGCUGUCGUGUGCAAACGACCGUUGAGGGCCAGCGUCUCAAGAUGUACAUCAUUUACGGAGACGGGCCUAAGGAUGUCCUCAAGAGAUACACAGUCCUCACUGGAAAGGCAAACAAGGUUCCUAGCUGGAGUUUUGGUCUCUGGCUAACAACCAGCUUCACAACUAACUACGACGAAGCCACUGUCAACUCUUUUCUCGAGGGUAUGAAGUCUCGCGGCUCUCCUGUCGAUGUAUUCCACUACGACUGCUUCUGGAUGAAGGCUUUCAAAUGGACAGACUUUGUCUUUGAUUCUGAGCGUUUCCCUGAUCCCAAGGGCCAAAUCUCACGUCUAAAGGAGAGCGGUCUCUGCAAGAAGGUUUGCGUCUGGAUUAACCCUUAUAUCGGCCAGGCUGGUGCUGCUUUCAAGCAUGCCGCCGAGAAAGGCUACCUCCUCAAGCGCAAAAAUGGCGAUGUCUGGCAGUGGGAUCUGUGGCAGGGAGGCAUGGGUCUCGUGGACGUGACAAACCCUGAGGCUUGUGCUUGGUACACUGAGUGCCUCAAUGACCUCUUUGAUAAGGGUGUCGACGCCCUCAAGACCGACUUUGGCGAGCGUAUUCCUACUCUUGAUGUUCAAUGGCACGACUCAACUGUUGAUCCCCACAAGAUGCACAACUAUUACGCAUUCGCCUACAACAAGCUUGUCUACGAGGCUCUCCAGAAGCGAUAUGGCGAUAACGAGGCUGUUCUUUACGCCCGUGCUGCUUGUGCUGGAACACAGCGCUUCCCUCUUGUCUGGGGCGGUGACUGCGAGUCAACUCCCGAAGCCCUCGCCGAGUCUGUCCGUGGUGGCCUGUCAAUGGGUCUCAGUGGCUUUACCUUCUGGAGCUGUGACAUUGGCGGUUUUGAGGGCUCUCCGCCACCGUGGAUCUACAAGAGAUGGGUUGCCAUGGGUCUCUUGUGCAGUCAUAGUCGUCUGCAUGGUAGUAACUCUUACCGUGUGCCGUGGGUUGUCGAUGAUGAUGAUACCACAGAGGAGGGUUGCUCCAGGACAUUGGCCAAGUGGACAGCUCUCAAGACGCGUUUGAUGCCUUAUAUCUUCUCCCAGGCUAUUGAGUCUAUCGAAGGCGGUAUUCCCAUGUCUUUGCGAGCAGUCGCUCUUGAGUUCCCUGAGGACCCUACCUCGUGGUACCUCGACCGCCAGUUUAUGGUUGGCUCUCAGCUCCUCGCUGCGCCUAUCUACGAAGAGUCAGGCGAGGUGGAGUUCUACCUACCAAAGGGCAAGUGGACAUCCUUUUUCACAAACGAAGUCAAGUCCGGACCCGGUUGGUUCAAAGAGAAGCACGCCUUUGGCACCCUACCUCUGUACGUACGCGAGAACACAGUUCUUGUGCUUGGCAGCCGUAAAGAGGUCGGUGCUGCGUAUGACUUUGCCAAUAAUGUUGAGGUUGCUUUGUAUCAGACUUCUCCUGGAGCAAAGGCUACUGUUGUGGAUGGCGAAGGUAAUGUUGUUGCUGAGCUUGUGGUGGGUGAAGAUGGGAAGCUUCAGGGAGCGGACAAACUCAAGGGUGACUGCAAGAUUAUGGACAAGGGACGUGAUUUAGAGGGCGAUGCUCCUGUUUCUAUUGAGGCUUUGUGA